AUGGCGCAACCGAAUCCUCCCACUGCCAUUCUCGACCUUGAGAUCGAGGUACUCUCAAUGAUCUUCUCUCAGGUCUGCAGCGAUUCACCUCGAACUGCAUCCGCACUCGCCCUAGUCAACAAGUAUUUCAACGACGCAGUCAAAUGUGUACGGUAUGUACACACAACGCUUCAAUGGGACUCGGCCCACAAAUACUUCCUCACCGCAACAGGACGGCAAGCCAAGUCGUGGAAAUGUCCAGAGUUCUUUCGAGGUCUACGACACUUGACCAUACGUCAGCGGCAUGAAAAGUGGCGGGGUUCAGAAACCGAUUUUGCCGACCAGUUGACUGAGCUCUUGGGUCAAGUGAGCAACUUGCGCUCGUUGACCUGGGAGAUUCCUCUGAUGCUACCACACCCGGUGCUUGACGUCCUCGAAGCGCAGCAUCCAAGAGCACACCUGCACGUGCGUCGCGUACGAACCGAGAACUACACAUAUUCCUCCAACUCAUUCCACGAUCUCACCGAGAACAAGUGUCUGAUAUCUUUCGGAGCGGAAAUCUUUAGCGACAAUAUGAAAAGUUACCACCAUGUUGCAUUGCAGGAGCUCCUCUGUCGUGCACCAAAUCUCAAGUUCGCUUCUCUCAUAUCUGACAGGAUCUCUCCGAGUGAGGUAAACGAAUGGGGAAAGUGGCACAUCCAGCUCAAACCUAGCACUUCACUUCGUCAUCUGACAUUGGAUGGCUGGCCAAUAUCGGCUGAUACCCUGGAAUACUGGUCGAAGUUCGUUGACUUGGCCACCCUGGAGAGCUUUAAGUGCAGUAGAGGCCGUAUCGACGCCUCAUAUUUCACACGGGCUGCACAACUACUCUCCAAUCUCAAACAUGUCAGCCUCAAUCUUGGGGCCUAUGAUUGCGACCCAGAAACCGCGCGAGCAGCCCAAGACUACAUAGACACAUGCUCGCCCUUGGCAACUCUGAGUCUCUGGUCAUGGUCCGGCAGAAUCUCAUUGGCUUCCGUCCUAUCGAAACACGGUCCUACCUUGAAAGAAUUGCACCUUCAUGAGCGCGAAGAGUCAUUUGUGGACGUUGGCUUAGAGCAGGUUGGAACAAGACCGUACCUCAGACAGAUACUCUCCCCAGAGAGUCUCGCACAGGUUCGAAACUCAUGCCCGAAGCUAAAGGCGUGUACCUUUGAUCUGAACCGCCACACACAGUUCCUCAACAUCCAUGAUUACCAGGUCCACCUGAAUGAGUUGGUGAAGGCCGGGUUGGAUGAACUGCAGAUCUACUUCGACGCCGGUGUAGGAUACAUAUCGCUGGCGACUUUUGCAGAAGAUAUAUCGAACGUCAUCGACGACGAGGACGAGAACGAGUGGCCGGAACUUACCCUUCCAAACAAGUGUGGGGGUGACUUCGACUCGAAAAAUUUGCCACCUGUCUUCUGGAACCCUGAAAGUACUAGCGAUGUGCCUCAAACAGAAAUUCCUGACCACCCUUCUGCAGAUAUCGUUACGUUUCAUCCACCGUCCUCUACCGACGACAUAUGCCGUUUUGUUGGCGAGCUCUGGAAAUAUGUGUUCGGGUCCCGUACCAGCGGCGAACGGCUGCUAGAGGUCAAAUUCGGCGAAUGGGACCGCAAAUACUUCCCUCUUGGAAACAACCCAGAUGGUGAGAAACAGAAGGAUAUCCGAGUGUAUUGUCGCGCAAAACCACAUGAGAGGGAUGACAAGGUCGGCGAGUGUCAGAUCUUGAUGCAGUGUUGCGGCGGGAAACACUGGAAGAAAUUCGCAUCUGGUUGA